AUUGCGAGCACUUUCCCAAAGCUUCGGUCCAAUUGUUUACCUCAACCAACUUUCGCCUAUCUCAACCCUCGAAUAACUUGAUAGGAAAAUGGAUAUAUCGGUGCAUACAGGAUAUAACUGUCUUUGUUGUUAUCAAUGGGAGAUGAUGAAGAUGUCUUGGUCAAUUCGCAACUAGAUGAAGGUUCAAGGCACAAGAGGAAAUACCACAAAAUAUGGGCAAGCUCCAAUCAAAACAUGCCUUUAAACGCAGAGAAAAUCCUGAAGGUGGUAGUUUUGCUGCCAAUGUGCUCACCUGUCAGGGAGAGUGGGAACACACUGGUCUCCACACCCACACAAUCAGAUUUAAGCAGGAGUUGUGCAGAAGGGAAGUGAAGGAAGUGCAGGUCCUGGACCACAAGUGCCCCCUACAGGUGGUACUGCCACCAGAGGAGAGGGAGAGCUCCAUCCACGUUCCAUUCAGACAGCCCAGGAAGAGAAACAGCCAUGUUGACGACACAGAGUGCACCGUGGUGUUGGAGGAUGACACUCGGCAAGAGAGGGUUUUUACACUGUAUCACUUUGACAACAGCGGUAAAGUCACCAAGCAGGAUAUGUGCAGUCUCAUGCAGUCCAUCUAUGAGGUGGUUGAAGCAUCGGUCAAGCAGCCGUCCUGUAGCACCACAGCCCUGAAGGUCAAACUGGUGGUAGGCCCCUCCAGCAGCUCUGGCCAGGGCUCUAGAACAGGUGACAGAAUGGAGGUCCAGCAGGAGGAGGCUGGGAGCCCAGAGAGGAUUUUUCACUGUGUGGAUGAAAACACAGAACGCAGGAACCACUACUUAGACCUAGCUGGGAUAGAGAACUAUUCCUCCAAGUUUGACAAUGCAGACGCCCCUUCUCAGCAGCCCAGAGUGGAGGCACGCUCAGACCAGCAGCACCGCUCAGUGUUGGUAGGGAAGAACUGCGGCGCAACUGAGUCCAGAGGUAGGGGCCUCUCCUUCAACAGGUCUCUCAGGGGCCACGUCAAGGCAGUGGGAAGAGACAGAGGAGGUGGAGGAGGAGGAGGGGGAGGAGGACGUGGGGGCAAAUCAAGCAAGCUCCAUGGCCACCAGCCCUUCAUGUGGUGCCACUCCUCCCAGCCACACUUCCAGCCCCAACUCCCCUUACAGCACAGUAAGAGGCUUCGCUCCAGGGCUAGAGAAGCUGGGUCCCCCUCCAGAACCCUCCACCACCUACACCAGCCUGCUUCUCAAGCUCAGCCAGGGGGAGAGAGGGAGAUGCUGCCCAGCCUGCCUGCCUUGUCUGGGGGCUUGGUCUCCCUGGCUCAGAGGCAUGAGCACCACCACGAGCACCAUCACCACCACCACCAUCACUACCACUACCACCCCCCAACAUGACUGCAGUCUGUACUCCACUCAGGGAUACAGAGACUGAGAGAAACACCUCCCUGUGGUUUAGCCCAUAGCUAGGGCCCUGAGCCAUUCCUGGUCAGGUCAGGUGGGCCUUAGAUAUAGUAUUGGGCUGUGGGACACCACCACUCUCCAUGCUAAGGAGUAAUAGCAACUCCGUACAAAAAUGAACUGUUAUGCCUUGUAUUGAUAACUGAGUUUCAUGUUGAAUGUGCCAUGUUGAAUAUGCUACUCACCUUUGGAAGCCCUCUAAACUGAUGUUUCUUCUCAGGUUUUUAUAGUGGAGGCUGCUGAGGGUAGAACAGCUCAUAAUAAUGGUCGGAAUGGAGCAAAUGGAACGGAAACCAUGUGUUUGAUAUAUUUGAUACCAUUUCACUGAAUCCGCUCCAGUUAUUACCACAAGCCCGUUCUCCCCAAUUAAGGUGCCACCAACCUCCUGUGAUUGCAACUUACAUUUAAUAUAAUUAAUGAAUACCUUCAUUAAGGCAAAGAUUUAAUCCGUUACAUCCCUGUAUUAGAGUUUAUGCAGUAUGUUUUGGAUUGUUUGUAUUUUGAUGUAUGAAAGCAUGAUCAACUUUGCUUGUGUUCAUUGUAGUGUGUCAAUUGAAAAAUACACACUGUCUAAUGAAGGCUGAUGCUUUCAAAUUUGGCAAUAUGAAAAAUCUAAAUAAAAUAAACAUUUGCAAGAAACAAUAAAGCAAUU